AUGGAUCGAGUGGACACAUCACGGUGGUCGGUAGACAGCAUGGUUCAAAUGGAAAGAGAAGACAAUAGGAGUGUCGCCCUCAGCACACAAAGUGUCCAGGAAUACGGAGAAGGCACGGAGUAUGGUAAAGCAGCUCGUGAUGAAGCUCGGCGCAAAAAAUAUGGUCGUCAGGCAAAAUCGUACAAGUUGGACAAUCAGCCAUGGAACCUGUCAUUCAUUGAGCCAGAGGGUGGUGCUGGUGAACACGCUGACUACUGGGUGUUCCUGAAAUCCGGAGAGGAAUUCCUUGCCUAUAAAGUUGACGACUGGCAUAAGUUUUUACCUGCCAUAACACACAAAACGCUGGAUAUCGACCAGGCGGAGGAAAAAUUCCUUGAGCGCAACAAAGUUAUGAAUCAAUUUGCAUUAAAAGCACAAAUCAUGAGUCAACUAAAGACUGGUGAGGAAGAUGGUGAGCGACUUGAGAACCCUACGAAGUUACUGAAAAUAAAGGAUGAAUACAGCUCGGAUGACUCAGAAGGUGAUGAAGAUGAUCGAAAUGAUGAAGAUGGAACACCAAAAAGGAAAGAAAUUGGUGCUAAGAAAAAGAAGGCUCAUGAGAGACCAAAAAAGGAUAAACGUCCGCAUGUAGAGAAUGGCGACGAAGUAGCCAAAUACGAAUCGUCUGAUGGAGAAGAUGAGGGUCGUGAAUAUGACUAUAUGUCAGACAGUGGUUCAGAUUCCGAGUAA